GUCAAUGUUCGCCUUGAAUUCUGCUUCACUUAUUUCCCAGAAAGAGCUUGACAGCAAGUGGAAGGGACCUGCAGGGACUUUAUUUUGUUAAUGAGCGUCUGAUAUGCUGCUACAGUUGAAGUGAAGUUUAGAUCUCAGUAUAUAACCUGCUAGUGGGUGAAUUUUUGUUUCCUUCAUUUUUUUUCUCAAUCUCUAACUCGAUCUUUGAAGGGGAAAGAACUAUUCCACAGAUGCAGAUGGAUGAGACUGAUGAUUUUUUUUUUCUUUUAAAGAAGGAGAUUUGAUGCUCCUUUGACUGAACCAUCAAAUGACCAAACUACUAGUUCAAUGUGAAAUUAUUAUAACAUUAAGGUUCCUGACCAGUUUUGAUGAUUAGCCUGGAAAGGCUAAUAAGUCAAACAACAGCCGAACAGAUGUGAGCAAAAAAAAAUGUAGUGUAUAGGUGGGGCACACUUUGUUCACGGUGUAUUCCUUGAGGCAUUUUCAUAUUGCUUAAUUCCCCUGCGCUGCUAAGCGUUACCAGAAACUAUGCACCACAACUGAAGAUUUACUAAGGGUACAGACUCACUCUGAAAUAGCUGUAGAACAACCCUGACCUAGUUGGGACUGUGAGGCUCAGAACAGCCAAGUUUGUGCUUUGAAAGCUUGCAAUGAGGUGUUACGCGUUGGUUCCUGUAGAUGUGGUGUCUUUCUGGGUGACCCCUAAGUCAGAAUCAGUGGAAGGGAAAAUUGCCUGUUUUAUGGUCUUAAAACUGUUUUUAUUUCUUUCCUCAAAUAGAAACCUCAGAAGGUUUCAUACCCAAGCGAGCCUCCACCACUGACCCUGCAUAGCCUGUGACCUACAGCACCAGAAGACAGCACGUGCACACAAGACAGACACAAGAAGUGCCCAGCACAGCACUCAUCGAUGGACUGACGACUGACAAAGAUCAGUCUCUUUGGAUGUUGUCGAAGUGUCAGCGGGCCCUAAACCUGAACUUCAUUCGUACCAUUUGGAGCUGCCUUCUUUAUACUGAAAUGCAAGUUUUGUAAACAGGAAAUAUGAUUAAAGAUAACAAAGAAAUUGUUCCACUAAUGGGCAAGAAAACAAAUCCAUCUGGUAUUCCCCCUUCAAACCAGCAAGAGAAAAAGCCAACUGAGAGCACUCCCACAAAGAAAAGUUCACACUUCUUUCUGGAGAUCGAUGGUUUUGAAAGCAAUGCAACUCCAAAUAACACAUCUCCCCCUGUGUUUUCAAAACCAAUGGAUUCAAAUAUUCGUCCAUGUGCAUCUGGAAAUGGGGAAGAUAUGGAUUCCCCACAGUCUCUUCAGGAUGACGUGACUGAAUAUAGCCCUAACGUAGACAGUCCUGAGCAGACAAGUGCCCGGAAGAAGUUGAAAAGAUACAUAUUUCGAGCAGUAUCUGAGGGGAAUGUAGAAGAAUUGCAAGGUCUGCUCGCAGAGCUGAAGGAAAGAUCAAAUGCAUGUACAAACAUGACUGUGCCAGAUUAUCUGAUGAAAAAAUUCACAGCUUCAGAUACUGGCAAAACGUGUCUGAUGAAAGCUCUACUGAACAUCAACCAAAACACAAAUGAGAUCGUGAAUACGCUACUCUCCUUUGCAGAAGAAAAUGGUAUUUUGGAGAGGUUUAUCAAUGCAGCAUACACAGAAGAGGCGUAUAAAGGCCAGACAGCUCUAAAUAUUGCCAUUGAAAGAAGACAAUAUGAAAUCACUCAGAGCCUUAUAGAAAAAGGAGCUGAUGUCAAUGCUCACGCCCAGGGUAUUUUCUUUAAUCCCAAACAUAAGCAUGAAGGCUUUUAUUUUGGUGAAACUGCACUGGCGUUAGCUGCAUGUACCAAUCAACCAGACAUAAUUCAGCUGUUAAUGGACAAUACCAGGACUAAUAUUACUUCUCAGGAUUCCAGAGGAAACAAUAUCUUGCAUGCAUUAGUUACUGUUGCAGAGGACUUUAAAACUCAGAAUGACUUUGUAAUCAGAAUGUAUGAUAUGAUUUUGUUGAAAAGUAAAGACAGAAAUUUGGAAACAGCAAGGAACAAGGAUGGUUUGACACCACUACAAUUAGCUGCAAAAACUGGGAAAUUAGAGAUUCUGAAAUACAUCCUGAGCAGAGAGAUAAGAGAUAAGCCUAACAGGAGCCUGUCAAGAAAAUUCACAGACUGGGCUUAUGGUCCCGUUCAGUCUUCUCUUUAUGAUCUGACAGAACUAGAUACCACCACGGACAAUUCAGUAUUGGAGAUUAUUGUUUAUAAUACGAAUAUUGGUAAUCGUCAUGAAAUGCUGACUUUGGAGCCUCUGAAUUCACUGCUGCGAAUGAAAUGGAAGAAGUUUGCACGACACAUGUUUUUUAUGUCAUGUUGUUUUUAUUUCCUAUACAAUGUAACACUGACGUUAGUUUCCUACCACAGACCUAAUGAAAAUGAAGCUCCACCUUACCCACUAGCUCUAACGCGUGGUGUGGGAUGGCUGCAGUUAUCAGGACAGGUGAUGGUUAUGUUAGGAGCAAUAUUUUUAGCCAUAAAAGAGAGUGUAGCCAUCUUUCUGCUUAGGCCCUCAGACCUGCAGUCAAUUCUCUCAGAUGCGUGGUUCCACUUUGCAUUUUUUAUACAAGCUUUGCUUGUGAUCUUCUCUGUCUUUUUGUACUUGUUUUCCUACAAAGAACACCUCGUGUGUCUUGUUUUGGCAAUGGCCCUAGGAUGGGCUAAUAUGCUCUAUUUCACCAGAGGUUUCCAGUCCAUGGGAAUAUACAGCGUUAUGAUUCAAAAGGUCAUCCUGCAAGAUGUGAUAAAAUUUUUAGUUGUCUAUAUCGUGUUUUUGCUGGGAUUUGGCGUAGCUCUUGCUGCAUUGAUUGAAACUUGCCAAAACGGCAAUGAGUGCCAUUCCAACAGCAGUCUGGGACCUGUUCUGAUGGAUCUUUUUAAGCUCACUCUAGGACUGGGUGAUCUGGAGAUCCAGCAAAAUUCAAAGUAUCCUGUGCUAUUUCUUCUGCUCCUCAUAACUUAUGUUGUGUUGACUUUUGUUCUUCUCUUGAACAUGCUUAUUGCAUUAAUGGGAGAAACAGUGGAAGAUAUUUCUAAAGAGAGUGAGCACAUCUGGAAACUCCAGCGAGCUAGAACCAUUUUGGAAUUUGAAAAAUUCUUACCAAAAUCUUUGAGGAAAAAAUUCCAACUGGGAGAACGGUGUAAAGUGGCUGAAAAUGACACGAGGGUGUGCUUAAGGAUUAAUGAAGUGAGAUGGACCGAGUGGAAAACGCAUGUUUCAUUUAUUAAUGAAGAUCCAGGGCCAACAGAUCCAAGCAAAGUUCAAGAUAAUUCAAGAACUAAUAGCAAAACAACCCUGAAUACGUUUGAAGAAAUGGAUGAUUUGCCUGAAACUUCUGUUUAG